AUGAGGUGGGCUCUGGCGUCAGCUCUGAAUGUCGAGGCGCGCUGGACCCUCACGGUGCAUGCCGACUGCGGCGGCGAAUGGUCUGCAGAGGGUGCGGUGCUGGUGGUACUCGGUGCCGACGUGGCUGCCACUUUGGAGAAGCUGGACCGUCCAGUAGACGAACCGCAGCCGCUCGUCCUGUUGACUCGCCACUUCCGUGUCGACGCUCGUAGCGAGACCCUGGCCGCACCUCGCGGGGUGUCGCGGCUGCUGCUGGUGGAGACCUCUACAGGUCGCCUGUCGCGGUGGGCACCGCACCCCUGCCACGGACGGCUGGAGCCGGCGCCGACCCACAGUGCCCAGCUGGACAUGAGGGGCUGCCCUCUGGUCGCCUCUACGUUCGUCUGGCCGCCCUACACGCUGCCGGCACACCAUCCGCGUAACGCUACAGAUCCAGAGAGCGACCAGACGGCCCACUUCUUGCUGACGGAUGGGUCCUUCUUCGAAGGAGGCCUGGAGGUGCGCCUCGCAGAAACUCUGGCAGUCCAGCUGAACGCAAAGCUGAGAUACCGCGUACGCAUGCGCGACAUGUGGCGCGGCGUUGUCGAUGACGUCAGCAGACGCUCCGCGCACAUCGGCUUCGCCGGCAAGUGGUUCGUUGUGAUGCAUCCCCAUCUCAACAUCACCUGCACCGUGCCCUACCAUCGCGGCAGCUUCUACUGGUAUGUGGCGGCGGAGCGGCCGCUGGCGCGCUGGCAGGCCCUGUGGAGGGCGUUCGCCGCGCCCUUCUGGGCAGCCCUGGCCGCCGCCUUCUUCGGCUGCGCCUGCUUCAUCGCCCUGCUCUCCAAGAGGCGUUUCAGAUCUGGCCGGCGGCUGAUGUCGGCGCCGCUGCUGAAGUCGUGGGCCGUGCUGUUGGGUUGCAGCACUCCGCUGCCCACGGCCGGACACGCCCUGCGCCUGCUCCUCCUGUCCUACGUGGUCUUCUGCAUGCAGGUGAACACAGCAUACCAGGCGGGCCUUGUGAGCCGGCUUGCGCAUCCGGGCUGGGAGCGGCCUGUCGCCAGCCUGGAGCAGGCCUUGUCCAGAGGGCUCUCCUUCGUCUUCCCCGCCUUCUGGAAGGUCUAUUUCCAGGGAGGAGCUGAAGUAGGAAGCGUGCUGCAGAAUAUGGAGGACGAGAGAUACCGGCGGCUGGUGCGGCGAGCACGCCUGUCAGACGACGUGAGGGGCAGUCUGCUCGCGACCGCCUCCCGUCGCGACGCCGCCGUCGCCGCCGCCGACGCCUUUGCCGACUACACCAUGGGCGCCGGACACCGAAAGCUCAGACGUCUCCAGGAAGACGUGGUGCGCUCGUUCGACGUCGUCAUGUUGCUGCCCAAGGGAUCUCCACUGCUGCCUCGCAUCAACAGUCUCAUCGGAAGGCUCAUGGCCGCCGGUUUCUUCGACAGGUGGUGGUCGGACCUGUCGCGUCGCCGGUGGACGACAGAGACUGGCAUCGAGGACACCGAUGGCGAUGAGAACGCAGAAGGCGAUGCCGCCUUCUCGCUGUCACUGGUGCACGCCCAAGGCGCGUUCGCAGCACUCCUCGCUGGUUGGCUGCUGUCAUUGACCGUUUUCGCCCUGGAGCUGGCAGUGCACGUGGCUGCAAAGAGAAAGACCGCCACACCUACUAAAGUAUUUGGAGCAGCUCGCUGA